AUGCCAAACCCAACACCAGAUAUUCCACAGGAACCACCAGAUUUUUCCAUGCCAAACCCUACACCAGAUAUUUCUCUUCCUCCUCCUGAGAUUCCUCAGGAACCACCGGUUUUUGCCAUGCCAAACCCUACACCAGAUAUUUCUCUUCCUUCUCCAGAGAUUCCUCAGGAACCACCGGUUUUCGCCGAGCCAACACCAGAUGUUUUCAUGGCGCCACCGGUGGAUCCUGAGUUUCCAGGUAUCCCACAAGAGCCCGUUCCCGAUCCUGAUCCUGUGCCAUCGGAAGAUCAGCCGUCACCAUUUCCAUGA